CGGACUGACGACGACGUUCACAUCUAAGCAGCGACUUCCCAUUCUUCUGCUGGCCGAAAUUUGGCUAAAUCCUACUUCGGCCGACCAUCUGUACACUUGUACCAUAUUCUUGCUUAUUAAUGACCCGCGUACAUGACGGACGACGAAUGCUUGGGGAUUUUGGAGGCGGUCAGUCCUCCAUCACCUCCACCUGUGGCUUCUGCGAUAUCGCCCGAGACAAAACAAACACGCAUACCUGUGCUGAACGAUGACAUUCUUCGAUGCAUCAUCGAGUUUGCGGUGUCUCCCCGAUCAGAAGACGCAUUCAUCUACGAACCGGGCACUACACAAGACAUCUUGGCUCUGAUCCAUGUCUCUUGGCGUCUUCUGGAGUUCACGCGGCCAUUUCUGUACCAACGAGUACAUCUGACUAGCAAGCGUCAAGUGGACCUUCUCGUCAAACGAAACCCUCCCGCAAACCUACCGAUACGCGACCUUACAAUAGAAGGAUCAGCACUCGAACAUCAUGAUCUCUGGCCCUUGAUUCGCGACGUCGGUGGCACCCUCGAACGCUUUUUAAUAAUCGACAAUACAAUGGGAUUUGAUAUCCUGGGACAAUGUCCCUACACGUACCUCGAAUUCAAGACCCGCUUUCCCCGUCUUUGGGAAACAUCAAAUACGUUCAAAUAUCCGUAUCUUUUCGAUAUCAGCGGUGUGGAUAGGCCUGUCCCUGUCCCCGUUCCCGAACUACCCCAUCUCAAGCGGCAGGCACUUCUCCGACUUGGCCAUGUUCACUUCACCGACUGCUGGACAUCGCUCGAAGUGUUAGCAACCGUCUCAAACAGCUCCCUGGACGCAAGCCUGCUUGCCGUUCUCAUCGAGUCUCAUCCAAGGCUACGCGAACUGAUUCUCGUUCUUACACCCGAGAGGCGUUUAAUGUUGCGUUCCAACAACGUCGUGAGAGCUAAACGGGAAUUUGCGGUAAAAUAUCGCGGCCGUUGCGUCUUUUACGACGUCGAUUCUGGAUUAACUCGAUCUUCCAUGAUGGAAACCUGGUUUGCCGAGGCAAUUCGACGCGGUACGUUGUGGACGAUGAAGCGCAAGAAUUGGCUCUCAUACCAAUAAGUGGAUCGACGAUGGAGUUCCUUCAAAUCUGGAAAUCGUGAACCCCGAUCUAGUUGAAUCGUCACGGUACAAGCACCAGCAUUGGACCAGAGAAGUGUCAAUAAAGGCAUACGCCGACUCGACGGUUUCAUGACACAGCAUUUAACGCACGCAAACAACGCAGUGUCAUACACAUUCUGGGUGGCCAUUAGCCAUCUAGGAUCGAUCAUGCACCAUUCAGGACAUGGAUGAUGGAGAUUGAUAUGGAUCCAGGGGAGGUUGUGACUGAAGAGGGUUUGCAGUGUUUGAACAUCACCAACUGUGACGACUGAUCUUCCUCUACACUGGCCACUGUACAAUGCCAAUAUGUAUGCUUAUGUU